UGAUGCCCAUCCCAAUCGGAGUGCCUCUCUUAGAGGACCAUGCAGUGCUUCAUGAGAGCCCCCAAGCUCAGCAAAACCGAGGAGAAUCUCUUGCUGGAGGAGAGCCGGAAAGUGGCCGCUUUGAACGGGAAGCGACUGGGUUUACAAGAUGACAACGACCUCAAGUUCCUCCUGAGGGGGAGCCACCUGCUGAAGGUCAAGUCCAACUCCUGGAGGCGAGAGAGGUUCUACAAGCUCCAGGAGGACUGCAAAACCAUAUGGCAGGAGUCCAAGAAGAUGCUGAGAUCGCCUGAGUCCCAGCUCUUCUCCAUAGAGGACAUCCAGGAUGUGAGGGCAGGCCAUAAGACGGAAGGGAUGGAAAAAUACGCCAAAGAUGUUCCUGAAUAUCGCUGCUUUUCCAUCAUCUUCAAAGACCAGCGGAAAAACCUGGACCUCAUAGCUAGCUCCGAGGUGGACGCGAACCACUGGGUUGCGGGCCUGGGGAAGAUCAUCGCGAAGACGAACUCCAUGAGUCAGAGACAGAAACUACAACACUGGAUCCACGCGUGCUUGCGGAAGGCGGACAAGAACAAAGAUAACAAGAUGACCUUUAAGGAGCUCAAGAACUUCCUGAAAGAAGUCAACAUCCAAGUGGAUGACAACUAUGCCCGGCAAAUCUUUGAGCAAUGUGACACAUCUCAAACAGACACCUUGGAGGACGACGAAAUAGAAGUCUUCUAUAAGUUACUGACUGAGCGGGAAGAGAUCGGCAAGAUCUUCUCGCGAUACUCUGAUGCCGAACAGAUCAUGUCGCUAGACGACUUGGUGAGAUUCCUCCAAGAAGAACAGCACGAGGAGGACGCAGGACCGGAGAUGGCCCGCUCUCUGAUUGAGAGAUAUGAACCCAACGAAACUAUCAAAAAAGAGCAGGCCAUGACGAAAGACGGCUUCCUGAUGUAUUUGCUGUCCGACGACGGAGACGUCUUUGAUAAGGUGCACCGUCAGGUGUACCAGGACAUGACCAAACCCCUCAGUCACUAUUUUGUGUCGUCUUCACACAACACCUACCUCAUGGAAGAUCAGCUAAGGGGCCCCAGCAGUACGGAGGCCUACAUCAGAGCCCUGACUAAAGGAUGCCGCUGUGUUGAACUGGAUUGCUGGGACGGCCCUAAUUCGGAGCCGGUGAUUUACCACGGCUACACCCUCACCUCCAAGAUCCUUUUCUGUGAUGUCAUCAAAGCCAUCAAGAACUACGCUUUCAAGACCUCUCCUUAUCCCGUCAUCCUGUCCCUGGAGAACCACUGCAGCCUCGAACAGCAGAAGAUGAUCGCGCACCACAUGCAGACCAUCUUGCAAGACAUGCUUCUCUUGGCACCUGUGGAUUCCAACAAGUGCUUACCUUCGCCAGAGCAACUGAAGGGGAAGAUUCUCGUGAAAGGGAAAAAGCUAAGUGAGGAGGCUGAAGAUGUCUCAGAUGAGGAUGAAGCAGCUGAAAUGGAAGAUGAAUCUGUGAAGAUCGAGGUAGAAAGCAAAAAGACGAGUGACAAGCUCAAACUUGCCAAAGAGCUGUCAGACACGGUCGUCUACUGCAAAAGCGUCCACUUCGAAGGUUUUGAUGACUCUAAUCCCAGGCCCUUCAACGAGAUGUCAUCCUUCACUGAAAGCAAAGCUCUGAAGCUGGCCCAGGAGUCUGGAACCAGCUUCAUACAUCACAACAUGAAGCAACUAAGCCGGAUCUACCCGGCAGGAUGGAGGACGGAUUCCUCAAACUUCAGUCCAGUUGACAUGUGGAACGUGGGUUGCCAGAUAGUGGCCUUGAAUUUUCAGACCAAGGGUGCAGAAAUGGACGUAUACCAGGGCCGAUUUCAAGAAAACGGCUUUUGUGGGUAUGUCCUCAAACCAGACUUUCUUCAGGACCAGAGCUCUAAAUUCAAUCCCAAAUCCAUCACAGAAGGGCCAUGGCAGUCGCGGAAGAAAUUCCAAGUUAAGAUCAUCUCCGGCCAGCAGCUGCCCAAGGUGAACAAAGGCAAAAACUCUAUCGUUGACCCGAGGGUGAUUGUCGAAAUCUAUGGCGUCCAACAGGACAACGACAAGAAGCAGACCAGAGUGAUCGACAACAACGGUUUCAACCCAAACUGGAAUGAAACGUUUGAAUUCGAUAUCGACGUCCCCAAGCUUGCUCUGGUCCGUUUCAUGGUGGAAGAUUUCGACACAUCCACGAAAAAUGAUUUCAUCGGGCAGUUCACAGCCCCUUUCACCAGUCUGAAGCAAGGCUACCGGCACAUUCAUCUCCUGACGAAGAAUGGAGACCCGUACCCGUCCGCCACGAUCUUUGUGCACAUCAGUAUUCUGGACGCUUAGUAGAAACGCAGCCAUC